UUCUCGAACGCCCUAGGAAUAUUCGUCGUCUGCUAGCAGGCUAGCAGCACAAAAAAGAAAACCCUUUGGGCUAUAUGUCGUCUGCUAGCUGGACUACAGCAUAAGAAAAAUACCGUUCAAAUGCUACUGCUGCUGCUGCAGUUAAUGCAGUUGGCAGUAAGUUAGUAUUCAGAAAAGUUAACAAAUUAUAAGGAAAAAAGUGUAUUGUGACCUUUGCAAGCUAUGAGUGUUCGAGUAGUGUGCUCCUUCGGCUAGUAAAAAAAAGUUGAAUUUCUUGUGAAACGGAUAUACUGGAGUGAAAUCCCAAGUCUUUUUAGACGUGAAGAGCUAAAGUUCAAAAACGAAGCACCGCAACGCUAUGGCUGAAGAUGAGGAAAGCUUAACUGCAAAACGCGCUCGUGGACCUGAAUCGCCGGAAGACAAGCUUCUAUUCGACUUGGCUAAUACAAAAGAACCACACAAUAAUUGUCGAGUUAAGGAGGACCAGGACGCCAUCCUAGAGCAGCUCAGUCAUGAGCCUACUUGUCAUCACCCCUGGGCACAGUGGGGCCCCUCCAUAGAACGGCUAUCCCAAACUGCUCAAGCUCUACUUGCAAAACUUGAACCCGAUGUGAGGAAUCGCUACCUCAAUGAACGUAUUCGGUUCUGUCAUUUAAAAACGCGUGGCAAAGCGUUGCUGGGAGUUGCAACUCGCACGGGUGAUCUCGCGGCAGUAAAGUUCCUCAUAGAUGAAAUGGGUGUUGAUCCUCACAGUCCUCUACCUCGUCACUCGUUCAUGAUGACAGCCAUCUAUUACGCACACGCUCCGAUCGUGGAGUACUUUGUCAGCAAACUUGGCCUCACGCCCGAUGCAUGGACGUCGUGGCUGGCGAUGCACCCAUUCGCAGGCGAGACAGCUAUCCGCCAGGUGCUCGACGUGCUUGUGGCUCACGGUCAAAGUCUGCGUGAUGCAACGGCGCAGGAUAUGUACUAUGCUGUCACGUUACAUUGGAGCACUACUGAUUACCUCCCAGUUCAGGCGAAAAUUCUCUUCGAGUCGGGUGUUCCGUACGUCAAUCAACAAGUAUCCAGAUGUGCUCUGCGCGCAGCCGCCACUCGGGGCUAUGCAAGCUGUGUUGAACUCUUUCUUACAGGUAACCUUCAUACGGCAGAGCAGGCAGCAACAGCGUUAGAGCUCCUUGAAGUCGGCUUACAACGUAUUCAAAAAAUCAUCCCGUUGCAAGCUGAGGGGUUAACGUACUUUCGGAGAGCGGUGGAAGUUCGUCAACAAAAUGGGCUGGAACGGCUUCCGGAUAUGCCGGACAGUCGAUGUUUCUCCAGAAUUGAGGAUGUGGAGAUGCUAGAAAAAGAUCUUCGAGAAGGUCGCAUGCUGCGGUUUUUAAGCGAAUGUUACUUUCUUAUCUUGGCCAAUGAAGUCGGCCCGAUCAUGUUGGAAGGUACGUCCACUCUUUACGAUGACGAGACCUGGUUUUUUCGAUACUUAAACACAUUCACGGAAGUUAUUGAUAUGUUUGGAACCAUCGAGCCACCACAUAGAAACUUUCUUGGAAGCGCUUUUCAAGUUUCCUUGAAACGCCUCGUUCAGCAGUCUCAGCCUAACUGGCUCGAAAUACUAGACAUCUUUGGCGCUAUGCGGUGUCUUGAGAUCGGAGCGGCAAGGUGCGACGAUUUUCUAAAACAGCUUGACAUAGCCAAACUGAGAGAGCAGAUUAAGCGUGCUCCACAAGUAACGCCGUCACUUCUAUUAAGCUAUAUAGCAGACGUCAUGCUAAUGUCGCCGCCAUUCCAAGAACUUCGUGAGCUGGUUGGUAUGCUAGUAGAUAUUGGUGCUCGGCUAGACUUUACACUUGAGGAUUACAUUGAUGCUGAAGAGCUUAUUUGGCCAAUUAAAGGACAUGAAAUAUGUGAUCACGAUCAUGAACAUGACGAAUUUGACGACAACUUAGAUUUAGAUAUAGCCGAAGAUGAGGGGCUCCAACUAGUCGAGUUUCGUGGCGUGGAUGAACUUGGCCGCGUAAUUGAGGCUAACCUGAUGAUUGAAAUCAACGGUGGUGCCCUACAGAAUAUUCUUCCGCUAUUGCCACAACAGGAAGAAGAUGAUUAUGACGAUGACUUGGGCAAUAUGGCUGAAGCCGAUGAGGCUAAUGAAAGAGGCAUUGGUGGCGAUGACAAUGGUGAAGAAAAUGAUGUUGCUAACAACGCUAUUAUUCGUGGUGAAGGAGCUGUCGCGAAUGUGGCAGCCGCCAUACGCCGAAUGCAAGGCAUUGUGGAUGAGCAGGCCAACGAAGCUGACGAGGGUGAAAUCGUCAUUUUACUAGGUCCCGAGAACAACGAAGCGGAUGCUGCGGCGGAUAGAGCAGAAGAUGAAGUGGCAGAAGCUGUAGAAGCAAUCGCUGCCGAAGAAGAAGUUGAAGCAGCUACAAAUCAGGAACUGACGACUCUAAUGCGCCUUUUAUGUUCGCAGUGGAGUGGCGAAGAUCUACCUAUCCUUGAGCGAGCGAUCAUGGCAGCCUGUUGCGACCUUGAUGCUGGCAACCAUCCGAUUAUCCAACGUAGCCCCCGACGGGUAUUACGGUUAGAGUGCCUGGCAGCGCGCCAAUGCACACCGGAAACUUGGAACACACUUCCAAAGGGUCUGUUUGUGCUUGCGGCCAAACAUCGAACAAAAACAAAACGUGAAAUUGAAUUAGUUUAGAUACAUCAAAAAAAUGAUCGUCUAGAGUAGUCAGUCUUCAAGGAAGGUAAAGUUAAGCUUCCGAAAAAAACUACAAUAGUUCAAAGGCAACCUUAUAACCAGAGUUGCUUACCGUAGUUGCUUCUCUCUGUGCAUUACAACAAAGAGGGGAAUUGUCUUGUACGGAAACAAAAAGAUGUAUAUUGUACCGAAGGAACGUGUUGCUACGCAGUUAGAUAAAAUCCUAUGGAGCUACUUUACAAAAUGACUUGCCUUCAAAAGGGCUCCUCGUCUUUUUCUGUUUCAUAUGUUCAUUGUCAAUAGUUCAAAAACCAAUAGCCUAGUAAAAUAUAUAGGUUACUUGAUCGGUAAGUAUGUAUGUAUAUAAAAAAAAACUGAAUUUAAAAAGUACUUGCAGAUGAAUUGUGCAACGAGGACAAAGAAGCUUUUAUAUCAUAUAUAUAUAUAUAUAUAUAUAUAUAUA